AUUAUUAAAAUGAGUUUCAUUGCUGAAAAUUCAUUCCUGUGGCAAAAACUAGCGGUUGAAAUGAUUCAUUCGGACUCAGUGGAAAUCACAUUGGAGCACCUGCGGAAAGGUAUCAAAAUAAUACUAAUACGGUUUGGAUUACACACAGAGGAGGAAAAUCAAAUUAUGUUGCAUAUCGCUAAUACAGCCAUUGAAUUGUAUUGCUCUGAAACGACCACCCCUUGCAGAGCAACAAUUGGAAUAGCAUGUGAAUUAAGUGGGAAAGAACCGAGGUUGAAAUUCAACCGAAAUAAUGGCCCCAUCAAGGUCACAUUAGGACAAAAAAUGUUUCUUACAGCGAACCGUCUCUACGAAGAUAAGAAUGUUGAUAUGGUUGUUUACGUCACUAACAUUGAGGAAAAUGUGAACCAACUGCAAGCCGGAGACCGGAUAAGAAUUGGCCAAAUAGAGUUUAAAGUUUGCAAAGUAAAAGGAAAAUAUGUUGAAUGUUGUGUAAAACUAAUUGCAAAUAGUGACAGUGCCUCAUCAACGCUGUUAUAUGCUUACCAACCACUACAACUAAAUAUGCGCACAAAACAAUGGCUUGUCAGUAAAAAAGAUAUUGAUGAGUGCCGGUAUGCCAUACUGAACAACUGCAGAUUUAUAGUAAUACCAGACAUUGAACAUCACAAGCAGUUCCAUGCUAUUCAUGACGUCUUACGCAUGUGUCAAAUCGAUUUGGACUCCAUACAUAUCAUAGCGAAAUUCCCACCCUAUAUAUCGGAAGCAACGGUUGACAAAACCAUCCAAAGCAUUGCUGGUGUACUUACAAACGAUAACAAACUUAUUCGGAAAUGCAAAAAAUAUGGAAAAGCUGUUCUGUUCGAUACGAAUGCCGAAGAAAAUAUUCUACCGAGAAAUUCUAUUCUUCAACAUGUUGAUGUCUUUAUCAUUCGUCAUAGUGAUAUCGAUGAUACAAAAGACAAAUUGAGAGAAUUGAACCACAAAACAUUGACUACAAGAAAUACUACAGCUUCAGUUUACGGUAAACCGCGGAACAUUGCAAGCCAAUGCAUUGAAUAUGCUAGCAAUCACUGCAAGGCCAAUGCUAUAAUUUUAUGCAUAUCUAAUACUGCUUGCGAAGCGGAACGAUUGUCCAGGAGAACAAUGCCAUGUCCUAUACUUAUAGCAACAUACGACGACAAUGUCGCACAUCAUCUUCUGCUUAGAAAGUACUGCUUCCCGAUUAUGAUUUCCCAAGAAAUAGCUUCAAAAAGAAGAUUACUGAUUAAAUAUAUCAGCAUUUUUGGAAGAAACAGCGGAUAUCUGAAACCAGGAAAUCUUGUGAUAACCGGUUUCGGGGAACACAUUGUUCAAGGCAUUGAAUUACGCUUUGUUCCAGAUAACUUUGCUCUGUUGCUUAAAUAAAUCAUUGCAU